AACCAACAUAACGGGCACUGCAGUUAUUUAAUAUUAAUAUUAAUUGGGCAGUGGUUUCGGGUGAUAUACAAAUGACAUUACUGACAUAAAAUGAUAAAAUGUGUUUUUAUACAACUACGUGGGCACGUAGUAGUCUCACGAAACGGCGUUCUAUACACAACGUGCAUUCCCGUGACUAAAAUCGAGCACGCUAAAUAUUGGUUUCCUUAAAUCAUCCAUGUUUUGUGUUGUUGAAACACACCCUCUGGAUUUGGGAUUUAAAUUCAGUAUUCAAAAAUUAAUAACAAUCUGAUUGUUCAAUUUGACAUUCUUCAAGACUUGCCGCAUCUGCUUGUUUGUUAGCGCGAUACGAGGAUGCCACCUAAGAGGCGUAGUGCCGGCAUGACCCAAAACAAAGAGACGAAAAAGAGACCUGAAAGUUCCUCUCCGGACUUUAAAACGAGCACGGAGUUAUCGGUUAAAAAGCACAGAGACAAGGAUGCCGACUUCGUUGCUCUAUGCGCGAGCCUUCAUGUGUCCGAUCUGGUUUGUGACCGUACUUGGAAGAUGUACAAAGGUCUCCAGGAGUCCCUGGAUGAAUUUGAUGAGGAUCAAAAAAGGUUGUGGGCUGCCUCUUUGUUUGCGGUCGUGACCGACAUGGAUGCUCCCUCCUUCACCGUAACUCAGGUCCUAAAAGCAGUCUCUAUGAAUGUAAAGCAGUUUCUGGCUCUGGUUCGGAAGUUGGACAUCAACUUGGACACAAUAAGCACCAAGGUCAAUUCAGCGCUGACACGCUUGGACAACAAAUAUGAUGUGACCCUGGCUCUUUACCAGAGGUUUGAGAAGACAUGCAAAAAGAUCUUUGCUGAGGUCCCCGAGUCAAAGGAAAAUGAGAUCACACGGACCUGCUGGACGAUGUUUCUUUUGGCCAAAGGAAAGGCCUUGCAGAUGGAGGAUGACCUGGUCAUAUCUUUUCAGUUGCUGCUGUGCACGUUCGAGUUAUUCAUCAAGAGAUGCCCUCCUGAUAUGCUCCAGCCUCUUUACCAAUCAGCCAUCAGCAAAGUCCAGAUCCCCGUCACCCGAACGUCACGUCGCAACCAAAACAACGCCAAAGCGCGCCCUGUGGAGCCAGAGGUGGACAUGCAGCUUCUUGAAACCUUAUGCAAGGAGAAUCAAUGCAAUGUGGAUGAGGUUAAAAAUGUCUAUCAGACCAGUUUCUCCGCCUUCCUGGUGUCUCUGGAUCUUCUCAAAGCUCCCGGUCUUCCUCAGGCCAGUAGCAUCAACCAGCAGUAUGAAGAGCACUACCUCAAGAGUCGAGACAUUGACGCGCGACUGUUCUUGGACGGUGACGAGACACUUGUUGCGCCCAAAGUGGAUCCGGUACAAGUGGAGAGAACGCCCAAGAAGAACAUGCUGGAAGAAGAUGCCAUACCCAUCCAUCAGACUCCAAUCAGAGCCGCGAUGAACUCCAUUCAGCAGUUGAGGGGAGAUCUCAUUUCUCGUGGCGACCGGCCGUCCACCAACUUAGUGACCUAUUUCAAGAACUGUACCGUGGACCCAACUCGGGACGUCCUGAAGCGCUUGGAGACGAUGGGAACAAAAUUCAGCCAAAGGUUUGCUGAGGCAGUUGGCCCGCGCUGCAUCACUCUCGGAAAGCAGAGGUUUACACUUGGUGUCAAACUGUACUACAAAGUCAUGGAGGCGAUGCUAAAAUCGGAAGAGAAACGACUUUCUGUGCAAAAUUUCAGUAAACUCCUCAAUGACCCGACAUUCCACACAUCACUCUUGGCUUGUGCACUGGAGGUUGUCAUGGCAACAUACGGAGAGAGCAGUUUUAAGACCGGGGGAUACAAUAAUGGCCGCUGUGGUGGCAUCCCUGGCGAAGCGGACCUGUGCUUUCCGUGGAUACUGGAUGUUUUGAACCUCAGCGCUUUUGACUUCUACAAAGUUAUCGAGAGUUUUAUCAAAGCAGAUUUGACUCUGAGCAAAGACAUUGUCAAGCAUCUUGAGACCUGCGAGAACCUCAUCAUGGAACAGAUCGCAUGGAAGACGGAUUCCCCUCUCUUCGAGCUGUUGAAGCAGGAGCACGAGGGCGGCGCAGUGGAACAAGCGGAGGCGCCCGCUAGUUUCAAUCAGCCCUUGCAACACAACCACACAGCUGCUGACCUCUAUCUGUCCCCCGUUCGCCCGUGUCUUCGCAUCGUGCCUCCCGAGUCCCCCGCCACACCCGGCGCUCAAGCUGCCGCUCCAGCACCGAGCCAGCCCGCCCCCCAAGCCACGGGCCAGAAUGUUCGGCACCUGAAGUCCAACUCACUCAGCCUCUUCUAUAAAAAAUUGUACCGCCUGGCCUACACCAGGCUGAAGAUGCUCUGCUCCUAUCUGCUGUCCCCCUAUCCGGAGCUGGAGCCCAUCAUUUGGACCCUCUUCCAGCACACUCUGCAGCACAAGUACGAGCUGAUGAGAGAUCGCCACCUCGACCAGUUAAUGAUGUCAGCCAUGUAUGCCAUAUGCAAAGUGAAGAGUGUGGAUCUGCGCUUCAAGGCCAUCGUGUCGUCGUACAAGAACAUGCCCAACACCAACCAGGAGACUUUCAAGCAUGUGCUGAUCGCAGAGGAUCACUACGACUCCAUCAUCGUCUUCUACAAUCAAGUGUUCAUGCAGAGGCUGAAAACCAACAUCCUACAAUAUGCAUCCACAAGACCGCCUACUCUCUCUCCGAUCCCACAAAUCCCACGCAGCCCUUAUAGAUUUCCUAGUUCCCCUCUGCGUGUGCCCGGAAGCAGCAACGUGUACAUCUCGCCGAUGAAGAGCUCCCGCUCCCCGGGCAUCAUGACUCCUCGCACCAGAAUGCUGGUUUCCAUCGGUGAAUCGUUUGGGACGCCUAAUCGCUUCCAGAAGAUCAACCAGAUGGUCAGCAGCGGCGAUCGCUCUUUGAAGAGAACCUCAGAUCAUGGAGGCACCCCCAAAAUUCUGAAGAGGUUACGAUUUGAUGUUGAUGGGCAAGAUGAGCCCGAUGGCAGCAAAUCCGAUGGAGAUUCAACACUGAUCCAGAGGCUCAACGAUUUAACCUCUGCCCGUAGUCGCAUGCAGGAACAGAAGAUGAAGGAAGAUGCGGAAUCCCGAAAGGAGCACCAUUAAGAAUCUACUGAUCUGUCCCCCGCGCUCUUGGUCACAAUGUGAACUCUCGUUUUUUAGUGUGUUUUUAGUUUUUAUUUAACAUUUCUUUAAGGAAUAAUUUGUGAAUAUCAGGCUGGGGGAUAACCAAAUGACAAUUUUUGUUUGUUUGUUUGUUGACAGUUAGAAUAUGUGCCGCUUUUAUUUGUAUUUGAAAUAUCACUCGAAACAUUACUAAGACACAGUGCUAACUUGUCUUUCGAACAACCUUUUUUGGCAAGAUGUCGAUUUUCCACAAUGUUAUUUUGAAAUGGUUCAAUCAUGGUGCAACAUUGUUAAAUCAGGAUACAGUGGAUAUAAAAAAAGUAUGUGCAUAUUCAGAUGUCAGGUUUUUGUAAUAUAAAAAAAUAACAAGAAGAAAAUCAGGGAAAAAAAAUCAAAAUUUUUUACACAUUUCUGCGGCAUAUAACCUUUCCAAUUCAAUUAGAAUUUUUCACAUUUAAACACUCAACUGGGAUUAGCACAAAACUGCCACUGUUUCAACUUUAAAUAGUAGAGUUUCAAUCCAAGUACCGUGGGUACUUUCUAUCUGUGUGUCUAUUUAGAUGAGGUUUCAGUAACACGAUAAACGCACAGAUUUUUGCGUUUGAGUCUUUUUCUUAUUGAGAAUUCGCAGAGCUCAGUGAUUAUUUUUGUGGGGGGUAUUAGGGCACAAAUACAAAACAUCAGGUUUGCUCAUCAUCCACACGUCUGCAUUUUAAUUGUCUUUUGAGGAUGGAAGGACCUCUUGGGUCUAUUUGAAAAAUAUAGCUAUAAAAAAAUAGUGUUGGGUGACUGAGCAUCCAAGUUGUUUUUUGCUAGUUUUUGCAAGAUGCUAUAAAUCCGACCGUUGUUUACCAUUAUUUAUCAGAGAUUUAAAGUAAAACGUAGCUUUUAUUUUUCGCUUUUAUUAAGCAACUUCUUGAAAUGGUUCUAAAUAUUCCCUUUAAAGUCGUUAUUUGUUUCAGGGUGCUUGCACCACUUUUCACCCUUUAUUUCCUUGAGCUCAUCCUUGCCCUUCAGUUGUAUCUAGCACAUCACAAAGUAAAGUACUUGAUAUUGUUUGCUGUCGAACAGCUGUGCCAUACCACGGCCAGAUUUACGUGUUUAUAUUUCACGACAAACAAAUAAAACACAACCGCUUGGGAAAAGGAAA